CAGCCUUACAACGGAAGCCGUGGCAGCGAACGGAAACGGAAAAGCUUCCGCUUCCCCGUGCUGCGUUAGUAAUAGUAUGGAUUCGGCGUCGGCGGCAGCGGCGCCGGUGGUGCUGGUGACCAACGACGACGGCAUCGAUGCGCCGGGGCUCCGCUUCCUCGUCGACCAGCUCGUUGCCGCGGGGCGCUUCCGCGUCCUCGUCUGCGCACCCGACACAGAUAGGUCUGGCGUUAGCCACUGCAUCACAUGGCGCCCUGCACUCAGCUGUAAACGUGUUGAUAUAAGCGGUGCUACAGCAUUUGCAGUUUCAGGAACUCCUGCUGACUGUGCUUCUUUAGGCAUUUCUGGGAAGCUCUUUGAUGGUUUGGUUCCUGAUCUGGUACUUAGCGGAAUCAACAUUGGAAACAAUUGUGGAUACCAUGUUGUUUAUUCUGGAACAGUUGCUGGUGCCAGGGAGGCAUUCUUAUAUGGGAUUCCUGCAAUAGCGAUGUCAUAUGAUUGGGUUGCAGGUCAGAGCAGUGUUAAUGACCUCAAGGUGGCUGCAGAGGUCUGUAUGCCUCUGAUAAAUGCUGUCAUGGUUGAGAUCAAGAACGGAACAUAUCUUCAAGGAUCAUUCUUGAAUAUAGAUGUACCUACUGAUGCUGUACAUCACAAGGGAUAUAAAGUUACAAAGCAAGGAAAAUAUAUGGCCAGAAUUGAUUGGGAGCAAACAGUUUACAAGAAGCCUGCAGUAGAAAGCUACCAGACAGCAAACAUGGAUGUUGACACUGAAAAAGACAGCGAACUAGAUACUUCAUCAGAGGAUGACCUAUUGUUUAAGAGAGUGAUUGUGAGGAGAAGUUCUGAUGAAGAGGAAGGAGAUGACAUGGACCACAAGUCCCUAGUAGAUGGAUACAUUACUGUUACUCCUUUGGGUGCUCUCUCCCGCACAGAAGCAGAUGCAAUACCCUACUUCAAAGCUUGCUUGUCGCGUCUGGUUGAUAAUUUGUCCCCCUCAUGUGUGACCGCGGGAUGCUUACCAGGCGGGCAAAACUGAACCUGCUGACGUCAUUACCUGCAAAGUUGCAAAUAAAGCUACAUCGACUUAAAGUAUUCUAUAUAUCUAUUUGAUGCUAAUGAUGCAUUACUACAUUAUGUAGUACCUUAAUUCAUUAUUGUGUGGCAUAUGUAUCAUGUAAUCAGGCACAUGUGUAACUCGGUGAUAAUUUUUUAAGAGAAAAUACUGACAAAACAACCAUAAUAUUUGUGGACAGAAGAUGAAUCACAUUCUAUUAUUUACUUAA